AUGAUACCGGAGAUUAUUCCUGAAGCCGUUCUUCCGGCUCAGUUGCUACGCUAUCUCCCAACCCAUCGGGUUUUGAUUUGCCUGCACUGCCACUAUGCCAUCCAACCUGGAGCUAUCGUCCGUCAUCUCAAAGAGACCCACCAUCUAAACCGCUUACGACGUCGGGGAUUUGUCGACUAUGCAUCCCAGUUCAAGCUAGCACCGCUAGAUGCAAUUAUUCUACCUGAUGAAACGCAAUUCCCGGUGGAUGUGCUCCCAAUCCAUGACGGACUAGCCUGUCGGUUUGAGGGGUGCAAUCACUUAUGUAUAACUACCAAGCGAAUGAAGGCACACUGGUCAACUGUACACCAUCUAAACGCUAGCGAUAAUGGAAUAUUCUGGUGUUCAGUGCCGCUGCAGACACUUUUCCGGGGAAAUGCCUUGCGAUACUUUACAAACCCAGCGCUGCUAGCGUCGCCAAGUGAUAGUACAGACGAGCUGAUGAGUGCAGGCGAAGAAUCUCCAAGUACGACCAUCACAGUCCCGGAUAUCGAUGGGCAGCAAAAAGCGUCAAUUCUAUCCACGCGCAACUACAACAUAUCGCUGAACGCCGAAAGUGCAGAACUCUUCGACCAUUAUUUGAACUCCACUUAUAAAACGCUAUCAUGUGGUCCGGAUACUGACAGUGCCUUCCGAGUGAUUGUUCCCCAGCUGGCUACACGAUUUCCGUUUCUGCUUCAUGGCAUGCUAGCCUGUUCAGCGCUGCAUCUGGCUUCCAGCCACCCCGAUAAUAGAGAUUAUUACAUGCUUCAGGCAAUCCGACACCAAGAUCAAGCACUCCCCGCAUUUCACUUGGCAACUAUGCAUGUUGAUAGCAGUAAUUGCCAAGCAAUACUGAGCUUUGCAUUUUUCCUUGUCUUCUAUGCGUUCAGUUCUGAAAGUGAACAUGAAGUUUUAUUGCUCGGCGAUCAAAACGCUACCCCAUCGUCGUCAAACUGGAUCAGUCUUUUGCGCAAUGGCUGCUCGAUGCUGUGUCCUGUCUGGUCUGAACUGACCAACGGACCAUUGGCAUCCUUUGCAGCGCUAUGGAAGGACGAUCUGGACGUCACUAUCAAAUCUGAUGAUCCGUUGCUCAGGUCAUUAUUGUCUGUCAUUUCAAAUGAAAGUGUUGGCUGUGAAAGACAACCAGAGAAUGAGUUGCAUAUAUACCAGGACGCAGCCCAGAAAUUAGCAGAGGCCUUUGAGUUCGCUCGACAAUGCGGCUCCUCUUUGAGUAUUUGGGAUGCUCUAAACUCGUGGCCGAUGCGAGUCUUACCCGGGUACUUUGAUCUGUUAGAUCGCAGCCAUCCGGGCGCAUUGCUACUUUUGGCUCAAUACGCUGUCUUGCUAAAGCCACUCCAGAAGGAGUGGUUUCUAGGUGGUCGAGUCACGAAGCUGAUUGAUGAGAUUGGGCGGCGACUGCAAGAGAACUGUCCAUUGCAAGUUUGGCAGUUGUUUUCGGAACUUCGACGGGAAUGUUUUGCUUGA